AGAAGAGGAAGACAAAAGCAGCAGUUUAAAGUCAAGUCGACGUGACACAGUACACCCGCUCUGUCAGUUGUCGUAUUUUAAUACAGGACGCAGAGAUGGGCCGGUGGAGCUGCAUCCUCUCUGUGGUGUUGAUUCUUUGUGGAGCUUUUAUCAAAGAAGCCCAUCAGGCAACUACAUCAGAUGUUGAGGGAAACAAAGACACUCAGGGACUGAUGCAAUCAGAAAAUGACAUCAACAGAAACGUUUCUGGUAUUCAACGGGCUGUCGAUUCAGACGAGAGCCCAAAGUCGCUGGAGUGGUCCUAUAUGGCAGCAGGACUGGGCACCGUCCUCACCAUCUCACUCCUCAUCGUGAUGACUCUCAAGUUUCGUCUCUUCCAUCGCUUCUUGGCCAGCUACAGACACUCCCUGCUCCUGGAGGCCGACGGGGUCAGCCAGUAUGGCCAGGACGAGCUGCCCUACCCGCCCAAUGCGUUGGGUAGAAUGGGAGGGGUUGGAGGCGCUGACAUCGACGAUGACGAUGGCUUCAUCGAGGAUAACUAUAUCCAGGCCAGUGAGAAAGAAAGGGCAGAGAGAGAGAGAGGCGAAGAGGAGGAGGAGGAGGAGGAGGAGGAGGAGGAGGACAGCGACGAUGAUCUUCAGUUCACUAUAGCAUGAUUAGAUAGAGGGGUGACUUCAUCAAAAACAGAUGAUUUACAAAUAAGAUAAAAUAAAUCACGCUAUAGGAAAGAGAUUGUGAUUGACAGUUAACAGAAAAGUGAUUCCAUAUUAUUUCUGGUUUAUGACUUCUUAAAAUGAAUCACUGUCUACAUGCAACCUUUUACACCUUCCACCUAUGAGCUGUGAAGAGUAAGUUCCCAUAAAAAAUAUCCCAUAUUGUUUUAUUUAAAAAAGAAGAAAAAAAAGGUAAAUAAAUAAAAAUAAAUAAGAGAGAGAGAGAGGCGGAAUCAUUUUGUGAAUCUGAAUUUCCCUUUUUCCUGUUAAUCAUUUUGUGGCCUCUACGAUUACCUUGAGAGCCUAAGGAGGGGUCCAGACCCACAGCUUGGGAACCGCUGAAAGUAGUAAUGAUGCAAGUGAAAACUGAAUGUCUGAAGUUGCGAUAAUGAUAGGACUUGUGCAAAUUUAAAUAGUAUGAAAGUUGAUGAAAGUUAUAUAAAAAAUAUAUAAACAGAAGUAGAUAGAAUUUCUGAAAAAUGUUACUGCUUGUCUUUGAGUUUAUUUGAGUACAGUUGUACCAUGCUAUACUUUGGCUGGGUGCAGGAUGUCAGAUUCAGUGAAUGAAAGUAGAGACUAUCUGCACACUAGAUUAUAUCUCCCAAACCUGUAUUGGACAGGCAACGUUUUGACUGUACUGUUUUAUCAUUUGACGUCACGUUUGUCCUUUGUUGUGUCUAUUUUACCAAAGAAGAUAAGUAAAGUGUUCCCUGUUUGUAGCCUGCUAAUGAUACAUUUUGAUAGCACCUGCCAAUUACUUGAGUAAGUAAACUAUUCAUAUUCAAGUUAUC